CACACGAGUAGAGGAAAUCGUCUUGGUGUACUCGAUAACUAGUGAUAGUAAAUGAAAAUGACCAGACAAAAGGAAAUGUAUCAAGGCCGUCUUCGCUUAAGACCAUGGCUGGAGGAACAGAUACAAUCCAAAAAGUACCCAGGACUGGAAUGGGUAGAUGAGAAGUCAGGAAUGUUCCAGAUUCCAUGGAAACAUGCAGCACGUCAGGGCUGGAACAUUGAGAAGGAUGCAAGCCUUUUCAGAAACUGGGCAAUGCACACAGGGAAAUACAAACCAGGCAUCGACAAUCCAGACCCCAAGACAUGGAAAGCCAACUUUAGAUGUGCUCUGAAUUCACUGCCAGAUGUGAAGGAACUUCACGACAAGAGUAAGAAGAAAGGGAACAAUGCCUUCAGAGUCUACCUACUGCUGCCAUCCUUUAAAAUCCCCAAGAAGAGAAAGGUUGUGAAAGAAGAGAAGUACAGUGAAAUGCAAACAGCACGAGACUGCUCAUAUUAUUCAUCAGACAUUGCCAGGACAGACAGCUGCCACGCUCUGGAGGAAUUUAAUGUGGCUUUCUCUAAAUAUUUGGAUACUUCAAACAUGCCAAGCAGGUAUAAUGCUGCUGCCUGCCACAGCAUAAACAGCUAUUGUCCAAUCCAAACAAUGAAAACCCAAUCUCCAGCCAGCCAUAGCCUUUCGUCCUGCUUCACAGACAAAGAAGCCAACAAAAUGAGUUCCUCCAUUCAAGAUGAACAUCCAGACACUAUACAGCAGAUAGUUGAACACCUGGCAAAUACGGAUCAAUGGAACAAUUCAUAUGGCAACAGUAAACAUUCCAAUUCCUUUGUCACCUCGCCAAGGUUAAGUUUUUUCGAUGAAGGGAUCGGAGAGCCAGGACACUUGACACAAGCUGACUUCUCUAUGGGGAAUGAAGAGCAGAAGCCUUUAUUUCUUGAUCAUUUCUGCUCACAUUCAACCAUGAACUCCAGCAAGUAACACAAGAGAAGGGGCUGAAUGUGUUUGUACAGUAGAGAAUAAUGUAACUUUGUACUGGAAUAUGGACUAAACUCCAACAAUAAUUGGGAAUUGUUUGCAUCAGCCUGGCCAAACAGAGGUCAGAAAUACCCAAACCAUAUUGAAGACGAUUCAUCAUGAUUCACCAGCAUGAAGCCAGAUCCCACUUCAGACACCUCCAUCAACUUUCAACAAUACCAGGGUUCAUCCCCGCAUCUUCUCACUGAUCCAGAGUCGAUGUUCCUUGCCCCACUAAUAAGUGGCUUGUGUGCAGCUCCUUGGUAACCAAGUUCAUGAAUGGAUUUUCAUACAGACAGCUUUUUGAAACCUGUUUGCCAAUGAUGAAGACUUGGUUCUGAUUUUGUUCCUGUUCAGUAUCUUCUUGCCUCUUGAGGUUAUUUUUACAGUAGACAGUGCCUGUUGUCUUCCAUGAGGCCACAACAAACUAUAGACUUUGGGAUUCUGGAUAGCUCAGCAACCUCACAAUGGCCAUUCCACAUUAUGAGUCAGCUUUGGGUUUGUGAGACCAUAACACACACUCAAUGAUCAAUAUGCAUUGCAGAUCGGGUAACACUCAAUGCCUUUGUGUGGAGGGUUGUCUAAAUACCUGUGGGAGGUUAGCUUAGAAUCAGCACUGAGCACCUCAGUAAAUGCACUGAGGCCAUUUCAAGGUCCCAUUUCAUUUUCCAUGUAGUCAGACUUGUCUUUUUUGUUUGUUUUUUUUCUGGAGGAAAAUGAUCUGGAUACAAGAGCAAGCCAAAAAUAUGAGGCUGGUGGCUACAUUCUUCUCGUCGAAAUGGAACAUGCUUUAUAAAAUAAAACAUCACUGAAUUGGAAAAGAACUAAGACUGUG